AUGGGUGACAUGGAGUCCUACAAGGUGAUGCUGAACGGGCCGGCGCCCUGGGGCUUCAGGCUGCAGGGAGGGAAGGAUUUCAGCAUGCCGCUCUCCAUCUCCCGGCUGACGCCAGGUGGGAAGGCAGCCCAGGCUGGCGUGGGAGUGGGUGACUGGGUGCUGUACAUCGACGGGGAGAGUACCAGCUCCAUGACACACAUCGAGGCCCAGAACAGGAUCCGUGCCUGCGGGGACAGGCUCUGCCUCACCUUGAGCAGAGCCCAGAACCACCUGGGGAAGCCGCAGAAGGACUCACUCCCCUACUCUGAACCCCUGAAAUAUAACUUCGCUCCCAGCACCGCCCUCAACAAAACAGCUCGGCCAUUCGGGGCCGGCUCUCCUCCGAAUCCACGGCCCGGGCUGGUGACGAAACCCGUGACGUACGCGCCCCUGGCGCCCACCUGCACCCCCCAGCACAAUGGGUAUGUUGCU